AUGGCACUUGAGCCCCGCGCCGCUAACGAGGGCUUCAAUGUCGCCAACGGCGACGCUGAGUCUUGGAUGAACUUGUGGCCUCGAGUUGCUAAGCACUUUGGCCUGAAAGUCCCUGCCGACCAGUUUUCGCGCGAGGCGCCCCUAGCUUCAGAGAAGGCUCUUGUAUUGGAGCCUCCGAUGUCAGUUGUAGCCAAGGACAUCGGACUUAAGGGUCAUACCCCUCAGAGCUAUAUUCGUCAACGGACCCAAGAAGUGAAGGAUGCGUGGAAGCGCUUGGCCGAUCGCGAAGGACUUGAUCCUGAAGCGCUCAGCAAAGCAUCUUGGGCGUUUGCCGGAUUCGCAUGGGGUCGAGAUUAUAACAACAUUCUCAGCAUGUCAAAAUCGAGAAAGAUAGGCUGGACAGGAUACCUUGAUACUUGGGAAAACCUCGAAAGUAUUUUCAAGUUACUUGAGGAUAAGAAGGUUAUUCCCAAGCACUAA